UAUAUAGGUAUGUACACGAGUAGUGUGCGUUGUGCGGAGGGAAGAGUCGUUAAUCGCCGCAAGUACUUGUCAACGAUUCUUUAGGAUUAAACAAUAUAUCAGCAUGGCAAGGGAUCUGGAAUACUCCUAUAUAGGUCCCUACUUGCGAGAUUGGCUCGAGUACGUUCGCGAGAAGAACGACGCUGAUCAACAAAUGAUUGCUGAUGGCAAUAAAUUUCGCGUCCCGUUUGUAGGAGUACAAACGGAGAUGAUACAGAUGAUAUUCUUGCUAAGUAGCCGCUACGACCUCGAGCCUCAAGCCAAGUACAUGGCGGUCCAUCUCCUCGACCAAUACAUGGGUCGCCUCUUCUGGAAGAUAGUCUCCAACUCGCCGAAGCUCAACGACAAGGCGGCGGAGAAGCAGCUUCGCGACAAGAUGUCAAGCCAGGUCAGGUUGCUGAUGGUCAUCUGCCUGCAGAUCGCCAGCAAGGUGGACCUCUACAAAACCGGCCUCGACGUUGAGCAGGUCCAAAAUAUAUUAAAGUGGGUGGAUUCAAAGAAAGAGUACAACAAAUCGAGCAUCUGCAGCUGCGAGAAGCGAAUCCUCGAGACGUUGGAUUGGCGGCUACCGAUUUGUUUACCGAUAGACGCUGUAGAACUGUUCCUGGUCUACGCCGACUUGGCCUCGAAGCCGAAAGUUCGUGACAGCUGUCUUCGACUGCUGGAUGUCGCUUAUCUUCGUCACGCGGAGCUGUUUGAACAAAUGCACCUCUUGGCUACGGGCCGACCCUACGACAAGAGCCUCCGCGUAUGCAGAAAUUUUCUUGAACUCGAAACGAACUCUGCCUUCCUCGGAGCCGCCAUCGUCAUCUGCUCCAACUUCUUCUUUUGUCUCAAGAGAAGUAUCGUCGAUUCUCUGGCGGCUAGAUUGGCGAAUCUGAUCGAGAUGAGUGCGGUGGACGUUUCUAUCAUGGCUAAUGUACUAUUCUCGUUCGUUGUCGAUGAGGAUGAUUUGAAAAAUCUGCAGUCGACGAGCUACAACGAAGUCAACUAACGAUCACCGAUGCCGAUGAGUUUGCAGUGCAGUUGUUUUAUUGUUAUUGAUAUGCACUGUCAGCUCAUUUUCUGAGAUAAAUUUUAAUCAUAUUAUAUCAGGUUUUGUAUUUAACAAGUUCUCUUUUGAGUACACGAGAUUGAUUUAGUCUUGGAUCAAAUUGAAAUAAAUAUGAUUACUUUAUUUUGCAAAUUUUUUGAAAUAAUCAAGUUCAGAGAAAUUUACUUUUUUUUUGUUCGUUAUACUGUACUUUAAUUAUUUUCAUAAUAUCUUGUUAAAUACAAAAACCAAUUGUUGCAAAUAUUGAAAUGUUUGAACGGAUGAUAACAUGAUUGUACGUUAUUCGUUAUCAUUGCUAAUUAGUUUUGUUAUUAUCAAGAUGAUAAUUAUAAGCUUAGUUAUUUUAAUACAACGUUUGUAAUAAGUUAGCCUAAUGAAAUGGCAGCAUUAAAAAACUAGAAUAUACUACUAUACUA